AGAGAGAGAGAGAGAGAGAGAGAGAGAUGGGGAGGUCGCGAAGGAAGUACAAGAAAUCGAGACCGAAGGUACGAGUGGGACUUCCAAAGAAAAACCCUAAUGUAUUCAAACCAGCGUUUUCUCUUCCACCGAAACUCCGAUCUCUCGUCGGCUCCUCUGAGAUCAAAUGGGACGACAAAGGCAGUGUGAUUGAGAAUUACAAGUCAUUCGGCGUCGUUUCGAACCCUAAUUUGCUCGGCAUCCGUUCACGCACUACUCAUAUCAUCCAAAGCGACUCUCUUCAAGUCCCAACUCCGUCCGACAACGCUCCCAUCUCGGAGUUCGAGACCAUCGAUUCUGGCAGCGAUCUCGAAGAAGACGAUUUAAAAUCAGCUCUUGGGAAGAAGCGAAGAGAUGGGAAAACUGCACCUCUGCAACCAUUGACAGUCAUUCAACGCCUUCACAUUGGUCGGCUUUUGGAGAAAUAUGGAGAUGACUACCAGGGCAUGUUUAUGGAUACCAAACUAAACAAGAUGCAACAUUCGGUAGCUACUCUGGAGAAACUAUGCAAAAGAUAUCACAUGAACAAAGGAAGGAAUCCUUUGAUUUUGUCCAGUUAAUCUUGAUUAGUAUGACCUGGGAAUAUGUCAAGACUCGGGAGGCUUUGAUGUUGCAUUCUUACAUUUUUCUCAAUUCUAAUUUAUCAUAUGAUGAAAUGAGCUUUUGAAUAGUCACAGUUGUUUUACCCUUGUUAGUCUGGCAUUGUAUAAUUUCUAGUUGCUUCAAAUUCUCACUCGGGACAACAUCUAUAUAUGAACAAUUCAAGGUUAUGUGCCCUUAAC